AUGUCGUUUAAUCAAGAGAUUCAGAGAUUAGAACUACAAAUCAAGGAAAUCAAACAAGAGAUUCAACAAGAGGGAGACAACGUCAAGGAGAAAACAGAACAAUUGAAUGAUUUACAUAAAGAAAGACAAGAAAAAGAAAACCUAUUAAACCUUGAAAAAAAGGUUCAAGAAAUGUUUGAUGAACUAUAUCAAAAAGCAGAAAGAAGGAUGAACUUGGUUGAAGAAUUGGAAAGUAAAGGGCUUUUGGAUGAAUCUAAUAGACAAGAUAUAGUGACAGAACUCAUAAAGAGCAAGGAUGAUAAGAUCGCAUCUCUCAAUAAGCAAAUAGAAGACAAACAAAGAGAUCUCCAAAGAUUAAAAUAA